AUGGUGCUGUGGACCAAGCCGCAUAUCAUACAGGCUGCCGUGGAGGCGGCAGAGCAGCCUGUCAUGAUGAUCGACACCGAUGUGAUCCUGCACCAGAAUGUGCUGAAGAUCGCGCCUGGAGUGUUGGCGGCAUGCAAAGGCUGUGUUGCAAUCACGGGUCGCGAGUACGCGUCUGAGCACCGGCAGAACACCGGGACCGUGUAUUCUGGCAAAGACGGCCUGCCCCUGCUGAGGGAGUGGGCCAGAGUUGAUCCGGACUUCCUGAACGCGAAGGAGGGCGAUCAGAGCGCAAUGCAGCAUCUGAUGCAAACGGACUCCAGAUUGCAGCAGCAACUGGCGGUGUUCGACCUCGCCCAGGUCGGGGAAUGCGGCAUCCCUGGCAGCCACGCCACCCACUACAACUGCCUCACGGGCAAGAAG